AUCAUGGAGGCGUUGUACUUCAACGUCAACAAUGGCUUCCUAGAGGGCAUCGUUCGCGGCCUCAAGAACUCGCUCCUCACACAGUCCCAGUACCACAACCUCACUCAAUGCGAGAACCUCGAAGACUUCCGCAUGCAGCUUUCGUCGACCGACUACGGCAACUUCCUCGCUAACGAGCCCUUACCAUUGUCCACCGCGACCAUUGCCGACAAGGCGACUGCCAAGCUUGUUGAGGAAUUCAACUACACGCGCACUAACGCGGUUGAGCCUCUCGCGACGUUUAUGGACUACAUCACCUACGCGUACAUGAUCGACAAUGUUAUUCUCUUGACUCUGGGCACGCUGCACGAACGCGACACGCACGAGCUGCUCGAACACUGCCACCCACUCGGCGUGUUCGACACAAUGCCCGCGCUCUGCGUUGCGACCAAUGUUGAGGAGCUGUACCACUCGGUGCUCGUCGAGACGCCACUUGCGCCUUACUUCCGUGACUGCCUGUCCGCGCAGGACCUCGACGACCUCAACAUUGAGAUCAUCCGCAACUCGCUCUACAAGGCGUACCUCGAGGACUUCUACCGUUUCUGCCAAACGCUGCCCGCGCCCACCGGAGAGGUUAUGGCCAAGAUUCUCGCGUUUGAGGCUGACCGUCGCUCCAUCAACAUUACCAUCAACUCGUUUGGUACUGAACUGUCCAAGGACCAGCGUGCGCGUCUGUUCCCCACCAUUGGCCGCCUGUACCCAGAGGGAAACAACAUGCUUGCACGCGCGGACGAUGUUGAGCAGGUCAUGGCUGCUGUCGACCACGUGCCAGAGUACCGCGCGUUCUUCGACCGUGCUGGGACUGCCAACACGACUUCGACCGACGACCAGGAAGCCGGUUCGUCGCUCGAGGACGAGUUUUUCAAGCACGAUGUGGCGCUCAACAAGGAGAGCUUCCUUCAGCAGUUCCAGUACGCGAUUUUCUACUCGAUCGUCAAGCUCAAGGAGCAAGAGGUGCGCAAUCUGACGUGGAUCGCCGAGUGUAUUGCGCAGGACGCGCGCAGCCGUAUUAAUGACUAUGUGCCAAUUUAG